GGAAGAUCCUCGCCGCCGAUUUCAAUGCCUUAAGCAUGCCAUUCAUUGUUAUUAUUACUCGUUAUUCGUCCUUUAUCCUUAAUGUUGUCAUACACUACGCAUGGGAUAUAAGGGAAUGACCACUCCCUCGCACACCGCUCCCUGACGUUGUCGUGCGAAUAAUCCUCAGUCGACCACAAGCGAUGCCGCCAUCAAAUACUGCCGCCUGGGUUACCGUGCCCAAAGCGUAUCCGUUCACAGUCAAGGAGGCUGAAUAUACCCCGCCCAGCAAAGGCGAGGUAGUCGUCAGAGUCCAUGCGGUAGCGCUGAACCCAGUCGACUAUGCGCGUCAGGAGCUAGGCAACGAUCUUUUCUCAUGGACCAAAUAUCCUGCCGUCUUCGGGUCCGACGUCGCUGGUGAGAUAGUCGAGGUUGGCUCGGGAGCGACUUCGCGAUUCGGUGUCGGCGAUCGCAUCAUUGGACUUGCGCUAGGCCUUGGCAGCAAUAGGCCAGCUGACGGCGCCUUCCAGAAAUAUGUGAUUCUAACGGAAAUUGCUAUGGCUCAUAUCCCUCCUGGGCUUUCAUAUGAGCAAGCGGCCGUCAUUCCGCUUGGACUCUCCACUGCGGCUAGCGCGCUUUUUCAAAAUGAUUUGCUCGAUUUAGCUCUGCCUACGAUCCCUAGGCGCCCAGAAAAUGGUAAGACCGUCUUGAUUUGGAGUGGUGCGAGCAGUGUUGGAGUCAAUGCCAUUCAACUUGCUGUUGCUGCCGGAUACGAUGUCAUCUCUACGGCUUCUCCUCGAAACUUUACCUUAGUCAAGGAGAUGGGUGCCAGCCAAGUCUUCGACUACAAUAGUCGGACUAUUGUUGCCGAUAUAGUAGCGGCGUUCAAGAACAAGGAAAGUGUGGGCGCCUUUGCAAUCGGGCCUACUUCUUCUGGCCCAGUUUUUGAGAUAAUUAGUCAGAUUCAAGGUAAAAAGACUGUUAUCUUAGCUAACGGCCCUCCUAAAGAUGUUCCCACGGGUUUGGAGGCAAAAUGGGUAUUUGGUAGUUCUCUUUUGGACACAGAUGUUGGUCCGGCCAUCUUUGGGGAUUAUUUACCAAAAGCCCUUGCUAAUGGUACCUUUACUGCCGCGCCAGCGGCUGAGAUUAUUGGGAAUGGGCUAGAGAGCAUCCAGAAUGGGUUGAAUAUACUGAAGAAAGGAGUUUCCGCGAAGAAGCUUGUGGUUCUUUUGUAACGACAGAACUGGCCUGACGGACUGUUGUUUUCUCUUGUUCAAAUAAACAAACAACAAAGGACCAAUCUAAAUAUACUACAAUGAGGCACAGUUUGCCAAUUUUAAGCUCAUAAUAGUGCUUCCGACAUGAAUAGUUAAUAUUCAUGACCCUAUAGGUAAGAAACCUAGCAGGCAAGUAUAUUGCGCCUGGAAACCUCAAAAAAGGCCAAAAUCACUAA